AUGAGGGGCGUUACUGACAAAGGCAUAGCUGAGUACGGUAACAUCAUUUAUGGCAGAAAUCUCACACUCGCUCAGGAACAGGAGAAAAUCGCUGCUUGGGCAAAAAAGUAUAAUCGCACAGAGCAGGUGAAGAAAUUCAGAGCCGAAAAGGAUGCAAGCUUCAAACAGCUCGAGCAGCGGAUCAUCAAAGUGUUCGAAUCUUUACCAGCCACCUUCCAAGAGUACCUGAAAAUCCUGAAAAGUGCAGACAAAACCGUGGCUGAGAUAAAGAAAGAAGUGAGAAGCCUAUACCGCAAGAAUAAAAAGGUGUUCUCGGCGAUGGAUAGAGCUCUAGCCAGUUUCAAUGACUGGCCUCGCAAUCGCUUCCUACCUUACCGGGGCCAGUGCAUUCGCAUUCGACCUCAGCUUGUUCAUCGUGUCCACCAUAGCAAGCUGCCCUUGACAGCUCGCAAUGGAAAGACCAAGACUUCGGGUUCGAAGAGACACUGA